GCUAUGCAUCUGUGUGUGUUUAAAAUAUUUACUAUUUUAAUCUUUUUGCCUCAAAUAUUAAGUCAUAGAAACUUCAGCAAAUGCCCUUGAAAAACAUAAGAGUUUAGAUCUCAUAGAGCACAGAUAUGCAGAUAGGUAGGUAGGUAGAUGAUAGAUAGAUAGAUAGAUAGAUAGAUAGAUAGAUAGAUAGAUGCCCUAUAUGGCCAGGAAAAUAAGUAUAGAUAAUUAGUCAAAAAAGUAAAUUUUCACUGUGAAUGUUGGUAUAUGCAUAGAAUCUCAAUAGUCAGGAGGCUUAAAGAGAGAGUGCCCGUUCAAGACAGGCCUGGGCAACAGAGAGAUUAAUAAUUGACUAUUUGAUUAAUGAUUGUAAAGUGUAAAAGUUAAAAAGACAUUUGCUAACCUUAAUAAUUUUCUCUCUUAAGUCAGCAUCCUAUCAUUUAUUUUAGUAUUUCCUAUUACUCAGUGUUAAUCAUUUUUUAUAACUGUCUUAUUUCUUCUCUUCUCCUCCUUCUUCUUGUGAUAUUGGGGAUGGAGCCUAGGGGUUCAUGCAAAUUAAACAAACCCUCAAUAUUGGAGCUAUAUCCCCAGUCCUGUUUCCACUCUGUUAUUUUUAAAGACAUGGUCUCACUAAUUUUACAAAGCAGGAACUGAACAUUUAUUUCUCCUGCCUUCGACUCUUGAGUGGCUGGGAUUACAGGUCUGCACCACCAGGCCUGGCUUCCUGCUGCACUUAUUCCAUCAUCAAUAUUCUAAAACUUCAUAAAACAGUUAUUCUUGCCCAUCAGUAUGUUCAGUCUACACUAUAAAGCAAACAACUGAUUUAGGAAUCUGUAUUGAUUCUUUCAAAAUGACAAUUUUCUUGGAAUUCUCCCAUAAUAUGAUAUGGUUCAACAGUGUUCAUUAAAAAUAACCUUUAAAAUUCCAAAUGCUUUCAAAAUAUUUUCUUCAGAAGACACUCUUAACACUUAGGAACAGACAGAGUCCUAUUUUAAAAAAAAAAAAGUGAUUUUCCUCUCCUGGCCCUUUGUUUUCACCUCCUUCUCCUCAGGAUUUGCCUACAAACCCCAGUCUUGUUCUGUCCAUCUUUCUGGUGACUGCACCAGGAAGGAAAAGGAUUUCCCCUUUGGUUCAUUGUUGAUAGACAGUCUUUGACACUACCCCCAAAAGCCCAACAGCAUAAGAGGGCCGGAGGGGGGGGCUCUCAGAACAAGAGCAGCUUGUUACUGUUUCAACCUCAGGGCCAGGGAGUUGCGUAUUUUUAUCACAGACCUGGGCAUGUUUAUGGAAUUAAUCUUUAACAGUCACUGCAACCUCUUCUUUUUCUACUUCCGAAGUUUCAGUGAUAUUUUUGGAAGUGCGUGAGUUUUCCCACUCAGCCUGGUUUCCUGAUUUCAUUUGCCAUCUCGCCCGUUUUCCUUGAUUUCUCUGCCUGCUUUUGUGGACAUUUUUGUUGUCCUUCCUUAAAGCAUUUUCUCACCGGCAUAGUUCUUGUCCUACGGCAAUAUUGGAUUCUAGUCAUACCCCAGGUAAACCGUCUCAGUGGAGGGGAGCUGUCUGGGGAACAGGGAGGAAAGGCCAGUGGCUGCAGUGAAGAUGAGUCAGGCCCCAAGAGAACAGGGCUCAGCUCAUGAAGGAAUGCAGAAACAGGGAACAGUGACAAGGAAGGGUGAUUGGGGUGUAUUAUGUGAAAUUUCCAAAUAAUCAAUAAAAAUAUUAGGUUAAUAAAAAUGAUACGUGCUCUCAAAUUCCCCGAUGCUAUGAGAGGCUGAAAGGGCUGUUGUAGGCCAGAGACACUGUGGAAACCUCCCUAAUCAGCCUCUGUAGUCACCUGGUAACAUUAAUUCAGGAAGAGCACUAACAGCACGGGUCUACAGAUCGAAUGUGAACAACAAGAGUACACAGCCAAGCGCCCGGUUUGAACCUCUUCGUUUCACACUCUAGCACAGAGCCGGUCCCUUCUCACUCCUUCCCCUCUGCGUCUUUUCAGUGUUACACCACAAGAGAGUUUGAAGCUCUCUCUGUACCAGCUCCUUUGUUCAGAUGUCAGUUUAGGAACCACAAACUCCAGAAAACUUCCUUAAGGACUUAAGGGCAUACCCAGCACUCCAAAAUCACCUUCCUUCUAAGUAUCCUGGUGUCUACACUGUAGGAUUUUCUUACACAGGGGAGGAUGGAAGGAGACUUUGAAGCCAGCCUGCAGAAGGAUUUUGUCCUAAUUAGGCCAACUGUGAUAACAUAGCUCUGUUCAAGGAAGCCUCUGUUCCCACAUCUGUCUUUGAACUGCAGAUAAGAAAAUGGUAUGCCUCACAGAAAGCUUCGGAUGCCACAGUACACGUAAAAUGUUCAGCACAGUACUAGCAUAGAUCAGAUGCUAGAUAAAUGGGAACCAUCAUCGAGAUCUCUGAUCUUUCCUGCUGUUGGUUUGCUCUACCCACCUUCACCUGAGCAAGGUCUCUGCUGCUUAUGAGAAACAGCAGUAAAUUAGGAAUCACCUUGGUGACUCACACCUACUACAAAUUUUUUUCAAUAAAGCAAUCAAGAUAGAUAGUUUAUUAGUCAUGUCAGGUAAAAGCACCUGUGGGGGUUAGUUAGCAAUUACUAUGAGUAACUUCUAUGUCCCCUACCUAACGAGUUUUAAUUUUCUAAAAUACCACUGACCAACUAUACUAGGUGAGCUCACAAGAAUUAUUUUUCCUUAAAGUCCCACCUGAGCAGGUGCACUGCACAGAAGACAAGAAGGAAAGAAACUAGUUAGAGCGCUUGGAGGGGCAGAGGGCGUGACCCUCUUAAUCGUUCUUCACUUCCUUUUUUUUUUUUUUUUUUAAGAUGACUUGGCAACGUCCGCCACAUCAGCAGCAGAAGCAGCGACGCCUCCUCAGUGGAACUGACUUGCAAUAGCAAGCCUUCACACUGCUGCACUUUUGCGGCUUCUGUGGACAUAUUAUCAACCGGUGGUUUUAGCUCCCAGUCUCCCAGGCUUGCCAAAGCGGUUAGAAGUCAUUUGGAAAGCCUUUUAGCCGAAUCUCUCUGAUCCAGAAGGCCAGCUGGCUUCUCCUGAGGUACUUUCGAAAUUUGCAGCGACCACUGAUCCUGGUCCAGGUGCAUGGGGAAGACGCUAAGGGUAUAAAACCCAAACAUUGAACCUGAAGACCCAGCGCAAAGUAGAAACUGAAAGUACCCUGCCUACUCUGCCGGCAGAGCCUACGGAAGUUAUGGCAAAGUCAGAGCGCCUGGCCAGCGGGUGAUGCAUGCGGCCUCUCCUGGGAUGGAUGGACUAGGCGCGGCGUGGGUGAGAGGAGCCAGCUGCCGAGACUGUCCUGCCCAGUACCGGCGUGCGGCCACUCGGCGGAUGACCGGGGUCCAGGGCGUGAUUAUGGGUGUUGAGAGCUCGCUCCUGCUGCAGUCCCAGUCAUCAUGACUACACCCACCUCCCGCAGACCAUGUUCCAUGGAAGGAGCUGAAGCGCCAUUUAGGCUGUGUGCUGUGCUGGUCUUUCUUUCUACCCUGCUUUUUUGGGCAUUUCUUUUAGAUAUAUCUUUGGAAUUCCUCCCCUGAUCCUUGUUCUGUUGCCUGUCACAUCAUCUGACUGCCACAUUCAAGAUAAAGAAGGUAAAGCAUAUGAGAGUGUGCUGAUGGUCAGCAUCGAUGAAUUGGACAAAAUGACAGGAAAUGGUAACAAUUGCCCAAAUAAAGAACCAAACUUUUUUAAAAAACAUCCAUGUGAUGAUGCAAAGGAAGCUGCUUUUUUAAAUCGUGCUGCUCGCAAGUUGAAUCAGUUUCUUAAAAUGAAUAUCAGUGAAGAAUUCAAUAUCCACUUACUAACAGUUUCCCAAGGCACACAGACACUAGUGAACUGCACAAGCAAGGAAGAAAAGAAUCCAAAGGACCAGAAAAAGAAUGACCCAUGUUUCCUGAAGAGACUGCUGAGAGAGAUAAAGACCUGCUGGAAUAAAAUCUUGAAAGGCAGCAUAUAAACGUAGGACAUGAAAUGGAGUUGCAACCUCAAGUUUCUACAGUGGAAGAGUUGGAAUCCUGGAAGUUGCUGGAUGUCUCCUGGCCAAAUGAUCAGAGCACCUGGGAAAUGCACAGUAAGGUACUAGAAGAUGGACACAAACAAUACAGUCAGAAUAUACAUAUGGACAGAGAUCAGCUGUACUGAUGCUACAAAGCAAUCGUGCCAUCUGCAUGAUUAAAGUUUCCCAAAUAUUUUAGAAGAUAACGUAUCUACAAAAAUAAAGCCUACAAGGAUUCAAAGUCACCACUGUUUUCUUAUCAAAAUGAUGUGAUGGCCCACUGAGCAUCAUGACCCAUCUGAAGAGUGGAACUGUUGCUUUGUAAGCUGGAGAUGCCGGAGGGCUCACAGUGAUGAAAACUGCUCAUGGGAACAAGACAGUCACAGCAUAAAACAGCAGCG